AUGGGCGGGAACAUCUCAAAGAUCAUGAGCAAGAUCUUCGGAUCGAAGGAGAUGCGGUUACUGAUGCUGGGACUCGAUGCGGCGGGCAAGACUACGAUCCUCUACAAGCUCAAGCUCGACUCCGACGUCACCACCAUCCCGACUGUCGGCUUCAACGUUGAGACGGUAACAUAUAAGAACACCAAGUUCAAUGUCUGGGACGUCGGCGGACAGGACAAGAUCAGGCCGCUAUGGCGGCACUACUUCUCCGGCACACAGGGGUUGAUCUUCGUAGUGGACAGCAACGACCCGGAUCGGCUGAAGGAGGCGCGGGAAGAGCUGAAGACGAUCAUUGAGAAUCGGGAAAUGAAAGAUGCGCUGCUAUUGGUGUUUGCGAACAAGCAGGAUCUUGCCAGCGCGCUCAAACCACAGCAAGUCUCCGAAGAGCUCCGCCUGAACGAGAUCGCGAAGAACCAUAUCUGGAAAGUCGAGCCCAGUUGCGCGACGACCGGCGAAGGCAUUUUCGAAGGUCUGGCUUGGUUGAGCAACAACGUCAAGCUGCCGCCCAAGUGA